UGUGAAACGGGAAUGAUAGUGUCUGUCCGUGUGAAGGAAAGGCGUCAAACAUUAACUGUAAAAAUGGCAACCAGCGGCGUGGAAACGGCAUCUCAGAGCUCCUUCAGCUUCUGUUCCAGCCCGUGGUCCUGUGUCUGUGUGAAGGAGUGGUCGGCCACCAUGUGGAACAGCCUCCCCGACCCGCUGAUGGCAGCCUCCGCCUCCUCCUCCCCCGAAUGCCCCGCCCCCGAGCCGUGGCUCCUCCCCGGCUGCAGCUCCGUCUUUGACAGCCUAGUCAGUAACACUUCUCCGAUCCAGUCCCCUCCUCCGGUGAGCGGCCAGCGAGGACGAGAGCGAGCAGCCGGCAACAAAGCUCGCAGGUCCCACAACGAGCCAUCCAUCCUGGAGCGCUGUAUCCUCAAAGUGUCGACCAGCAGUGUGGCGGUGGGGACCGAUGACCUGGACAAGAGGGUCCCGCUCAGCCGCUGCUACCCCCGCCUACCGGACCCAGCCAACACCGAGACCAAUGCUGCUGUUCUGAAGCGGCGGCAGAAACAGAUCCAGUACGGCAAGAACACCUGUGGCUACCAGAACUACCUGAAGCAAGUCCCCAAACACCUGAGGGACCCCAAGCUCCACCCGUCCACUCCCAACAAGUACAGGAAGUAUAGCCGGCGCUCCUGGGACAUGCAGGUGCGUCUGUGGAGGCGAGCGCUGCACCUGUGGGACCCUCUGACCGACAACCAGUCGGACACUGCUGACACACAGGACCCAGUGGAGCACCUGCAGAGCCAGCUGGCAAAGAUGACCUCUGACCUGUGUGAGGACAGAGCAGAGACUGAGAGAGAGAAGCAGACUCCAACAGCCUCGAAAGCUUCUUUUGUGUCUCCUUUGUCAGCCGGGACGCCACCGGAGCUGCCUGGACCCUGGACCGUCCCACUUUCACCGGAGGCUGAGAUGGGCCACAGACUUCUGCGCUCACCUCCCGGCCUCUUCGGGUGUCAGCCAUCCACCGACAGUGUGACCGACUGGCUGCACCUCCUGCUGGAGGCCGACCAUGCCCAAGAUUUUGGCUCCGAUGACCAGCAGGUUCCUGUGUUUUCUGACCAGCUCCUGUGGAACCCGUACUGACCUCUGCCGAUCCGAAACAAAUGAGAUCCACUCACCCGUCGCCUUGACCCCAGUGACGUCAUCUUUGUCCGGACCUUAUGAUGCGUUGAUGAAUUUAUCGCAGUGACAUAUGUGUGGUUUCUAGUGUCCAGUACGUUUGUCUUUUUAAUUGAAGAUCA